GCAGCCGAACAGCAAUGAGGAAGUGGAACUCCGCUGGCGCGUGAGCGUCGCAGGGAGCGCGCAAGAGUCAACUAUUCGCGGUACAAUGGCGCCGCUAGAUUUGGAUAAAUAUGCGGAGAUUGCCAAACAGUGUAAAUACCUCCCGGAAAACGACCUGAAGAGGUUAUGUGACUACGUGUGUGACCUGCUGCUGGAGGAGUCAAACGUCCAGCCUGUUUCCACGCCUGUGACAGUAUGUGGAGACAUUCACGGACAGUUCUAUGAUCUGUGCGAGCUGUUCCGAACCGGGGGCCAGGUUCCAGACACCAAUUACAUCUUCAUGGGGGAUUUUGUUGACCGAGGAUAUUACAGCUUGGAGACGUUCACCUACCUGCUGGUGCUGAAAGCCAAGUGGCCCGACCGCAUCACACUUCUGCGUGGAAACCACGAGAGCAGGCAGAUUACGCAAGUCUAUGGCUUUUAUGAUGAGUGCCAAACAAAGUAUGGGAAUGCAAACGCCUGGCGGUACUGCACCAAAGUGUUUGAUAUGCUCACAGUGGCGGCUCUGAUGGACGAGCAGGUUCUGUGUGUCCACGGCGGCCUCUCUCCAGACAUCAAGACCCUUGAUCAAAUUCGAACCAUUGAGCGAAAUCAGGAGAUCCCCCAUAAAGGAGCAUUUUGUGACCUGGUGUGGUCGGACCCUGAAGACGUAGAUACCUGGGCCAUCAGCCCCAGAGGAGCUGGCUGGCUCUUUGGUGCAAAAGUUACAAAUGAGUUUGUUCACAUCAACAACCUGAAGCUGAUCUGCAGGGCACACCAGCUUGUCCACGAAGGCUACAAGUUCAUGUUCGACGAGAAGCUAGUCACGGUGUGGUCAGCUCCCAAUUACUGCUACCGCUGCGGCAACAUCGCCUCCAUCAUGGUCUUCAAAGACGCCAACACAAGGGAGCCGAAGCUGUUCAGAGCAGUGCCCGACUCCGAAAGAGUCAUCCCUCCCCGAACGACGACACCUUACUUCCUGUAGACGCCCUCCACAUAAAGCAGCUUGGUCGUUAAACAGAGACACGACACUUGUGAACCCAUAUAAAUGUUGGUGUGUUAGAGUAUGUAAGGGAGCACUUCUUGGUGCCAGCUGUCAGUUUUAAUUCCCGCUCCGUGCAUUUGAUGCCAUUGUUCUGCAGCUUAAAAUAUACAUAGAUUCUACAGCAAAGGGAGGGUGCCGAGCUGCUCUAUUAGAGGAAGGACUCAAAUCAACUGACGAUGUAAUAUCAUAUUUAUAAAGCUUCAUUCUUCUUUGCAUUAAAAAGAAGCAAAUUGCACACGCAGUGUUGUAUAGAUUGUUUCGAUGUUAUUUUGUUAGGGUGAUGUAUUUAGCUGGACGUAUAAAAGCACUGCAGACAAAUCUGGAUUCUGUGUCCCGGCGCCUCAUUCCCAGGAUGUCGUCAUAUAAGCCUAUAAAUAAACUACACCAGAGAGUUGAUAUGUACAAAUAUGUUUAUCUCCUUCAUGUUUUGGUCAAACAGUGGUAACUUCCCAACUGUCAUUUCAUUAUGUAUAGUCUGUUCUUUUUGAAUAUUUGUUUUUAAAUAAAGCCUAUAUGUAGUGAUUCGGAUGGUAAGAUGUUGGUAAAGGGGCACGAAUAACAUAUUGUCUCAUAAUCAGCCUUUUCACUUAGAGUAUUAACACAGAUCUCUGGGACAGACAGCUUUUUUAAGGUCAUACUUCUGUGUCUCAAGUGGCAUUAAGUCUGAUCUUGCAUGCCAAAGUGUUGUAUUUUUGAGCCAUUAAAAAGUUUACUUGCUGCAUAA